UGAUUGAGUUGCGGAGAUGAAUACUGGGAGGCAGACAGUUCGGGACCUCAUUGAGGAAGCCAAGAAACGGACCUUAUUGCUAGUCAUAUGCGUGAUUGGGCUGUCUUAUCUUAUGUCCUUGACCAGCUCUUCUGUGUGGGUCAAUAUGCCUGCUGCUGCAUCCUUAAUUGUACUCCUUGGCUAUAUAUCAAUUGACAUUGAGAUGAGAAGAAAAGCUACAGCACACAGUGAUAAACUAUCCUCAGCCGAUCAUUUUUUUCAGAAGAAGCCUCCUGAAGUUCCAAAGGUUUCCCUUCAAAAGUCUAACUGGAGAAGGAAGGUGAAUUCCCCUGUUGUUGAAGCAGCAAUAGAUCAAUUCACUAGACAUCUAGUUUCUGAGUGGGUGACAGAUCUCUGGUACUCUCGCUUGACACCCGACAGAGAUGGUCCAGAAGAGCUGGUGCAAAUAAUAAAUGGUGUCCUUGGAGAAGUUUCAUGUCGUGUUAGGGAUAUAAAUCUCAUCGAUCUUCUUAUCAGGGAUGUUAUCAAUCUUAUUUGCACUCACUUAAAGCUUUUUCGUGCAAGUCAAGCCAAGAUUGUCAGGCAACAGUUGGAAGAGCAAACAAUUGAUCAUCGGGAUCUGGAACUAAAGCAAGUUCUGGCUGCUGAAAACAAGUUGCAUCCUGCCUUAUUUUCUGCAGAAGCUGAGCAUAAGGUUUUGCAGUAUUUGAUGGAUGGACUCGUGUCAUUUAGUUUCAAGCCUGAAGAUCUGCAGUGCUCUUUCUUCCGUUAUAUUGCCAGAGAGCUUCUUGCUUGUUCAGUGAUGAGGCCAGUCUUGAACUUGGCUAGUCCAAGGUUUAUUAACGAGAGAAUUGAAUCUUUGGUUCUUUCUAUUAAAAAUAAGGCUGAUAAAGGAGUGACUACAUCGGCACAGGAUGCAUCCCAGUCCAAGCCAAAUGGGGCUUCAAAAACUUCUUCUGAUCAUUUUUCACGAUUCCAAGAUCGAUCUGUUACAGGUGUUGAACUUGUGCAGCUUAAGCGUGAGCACUCUAUAACUGCCUCUGGUGAUUCUGUGAAAGAAAAAAUGAAUGGAACAUCUCAUUCGAAGGAUCCAUUGCUAUCUAUUGAUACUCAAUCUUCCCACUCUUUGAGUUCUUUACCCUCAGAUUUCCUAAGCAAUGAUAGAAAGGACAUCCAAUGGCACAAAUCUGGGGGAGAACGGGGUGAGAUGUUAGACGUGAUGCCCUGCAGAAAGAUUCAAACUCCAGAGCAUUUUGAAAAUAUGUGGACUGAAGUACAGAAUUACAAAAAGAAAGAGGGUGCAAAUCAGUUGGCUAAACACAUGACAGAAAAUUUUCCUGCAGGGAUUCCUGGUACAGUUGAUCACUCAAAGCUGACAUCUAAACACCAGUUAAAGGAUGGAACUACCAAGUUUGAUAUUUCCCAGAGGAACACCAGUCUCUCUCCACAUGAUAAUCGAUCUGUGGCGGAACAUUUACAUGCCCGUACUGAUGGAACCACAGCAAUUCAUCCUCGAACCACAGUACAUCAAGACGAGCAUGAACAUGAGCAUGAUCAGAUGCUUUUGGAGGAGGUUGAAUCAGAGAGUAGUAGCUCUUAUACUGAAGAAGAUGAAAGCGGUAUGGUGACAGGUCUUGAUUCUCCUGAGACUAAAGUUUGGGAUAGUAAAAACAAUAGAAAUGCUGCUGGUUCUUUCAGACACCAUCCACUUGAAAAUUCUGGACGCCAUAUGACUCGUAAAGGCCGUCGUCAUUACCCUAGAUUAUCUAAAAUCCAGUCAGGCAGGAAAAGGUACAGAUUAAGCAAUCAGAAGGUGAACACCUGGCAAGAGGUUGAGCGAACAACUUUCCGUUCGGGAGAUGGACAGGACAUAUUAAAUUCAUCAAAGGAAGAUGCAAAAGCUGAGGAUUCAAGUGAUGAUGCGCUGGAAAACUGGGGUAGAGUUCACAGUGGAGUAGCUGCCCCUUCAUCUGCUGCAUCUAUUUCUAUAACCAAAGAUUUUAAUUCAUCUAGUAACUCCCUGGAAAAAUCUUUGUUGACAGACUCAUUUUUAAAGUUGAGAUGUGAGGUAUUGGGUGCCAAUAUUGUGAAAAGCGAUUCUAAGACGUUUGCUGUAUAUUCCAUUUCUGUUACCGAUGCAAAUAAUAAUAGUUGGUCUAUCAAAAGAAGGUUUCGUCAUUUUGAGGAGCUACAUCGGCGUUUGAAAGAGUUUCCACAGUAUAAUCUUAAUUUGCCUCCGAAACAUUUUUUAUCAACAGGUUUAGAAAUCUUUGUUGUUCAAGAGCGGUGUAAACUGCUUGACAAAUAUUUAAAGAGGCUACUACAGCUUCCAACGAUAUCAGGUUCGAUAGAGGUUUGGGAUUUUCUUAGCGUUGAUUCUCAGAUGUAUAUGUUCUCAAAUUCUCUUUCGAUCAUUGAAACGUUAUCAGUUAACCUUGACAAUAAGUCGGAUGAAAAGAGUACCAAGGUUCAGAAUUUGGUUGGUGUUGCAAAUGAUCCCUCAUUGUACAGAGGGGAGCACUUAAACACCAACAGAAAGGAAACCGCGUUGCAGAUAAAGCGGAACCUUGUAGCAGACAAUCCAGGAUUGAGAAGAAGAAGCAUAUCAUGUUUGCCAGUUAAAAUCCCCGGUAAAGAACAUGAACAUCCUAUGAAAGAUUCAGGGAGUGACUCAGAUGAUAGGUUGCAAAGAAGUGAUCGUUAUGUCAGAAAACCUGAAAUGGCUCUAAAAGAAAGAGGAAGUGAUAAUCCACAGGGGCCGUCUGAGGUACUUCUUGAUGCUGCUACCUAUCCAACACUUCCUACAGAGUGGAUACCACCAAAUCUGAGCGUCCCAAUAUUAGAUUUGGUGGAUGUCAUCUUUCAGCUUCAUGAAGGUGGGUGGAUCAGGAGGCAGGCUUUGUGGGUAGUCAAACAAGUAUUGCAGCUGGGGAUGGGUGAUGCUUUUGAUGAUUGGCUAAUUGAAAAAAUCCAGCUUCUGCGAAGGGGAUCAGUGAUUGCUUCAGUAAUCAAGCGGGUUGAGCAGCUCCUUUGGCCUGAUGGUAUCUUCAUAACUAAACAUCCCAAGCAUCGAAGACCACCACCGCCAUCUGUAACUCAGUCCCAGGGUGCACAUCAUGACAGUCAGCCAACUCAGAUAUCUUCCUCUAAGAAAGAGGGUGUGCUGACGGAUGAACAGAAACAACAAGAAGCUGCUCGACGUGCUAAGUUUGUUUAUGAACUGAUGAUAGAUAAGGCACCAGCUGCUCUCGUAGGUCUUGUUGGUCGUAAGGAGUAUGAGCAGUGUGCUAAGGAUCUUUAUUUCUUUCUUCAGUCAACAGUUUGUCUGAAGCAGUUGGCAUUUGACCUUCUUGAACUGCUGCUGUUAUCGACAUUUCCAGAGCUUGAUGGUGCCAUUAAGCAGUUGCACGAAGAUAAGCAAAAGUUUGGACAGCUCAAUAUGAACUAGAUGGAAUAUUUUUAGUAUGGCCACUUGAUUUUUACUAGUGUAUUUGGUUGCACUAAGGUGUGGAUGGAGGUUCUCAAGGCAGGCUCCUCAUGCUAAUCAAGACACAGUUUAUAGUUCCCAUUGUACAUAGUCUUUCCAGGUUCACGGUUUGCUUUGGAAGGAGUUUCUGUGUUGCAUCUUUACAUGCUUCCUGUAAUUACCAAUCAUUUUUUCCUCCUUGGUUUGGACUGACUGUAUCAGGCUAACCAAGAGAGUUUCUGGCUGAGAAA